AUGGCGAACAACACUUCAUUCACGCCUUCUGCAGCAGUUCGAACCGGGUCCGGAUGUAACUUCCGUCUCUUCAACGACACGGAAAUAUGGCUGCAGGUGACUUCUUACCUGCUGAUUAUUCUUUUCUCCAGCUUUGGAAAUACAGUCAUCAUUAGCAUUGUAAAGAAAAAUCGACGCAUGCGCAGCCCCACCAAUUACUUUAUUGUCAACCUUUGUUUGGCCAACCUAAUGAUCAUGCUAAUGAACGUUGUACCAUACGUCGUAGGAAGAAUUUCCUCUCAUAACGGUUAUGGGAUCAGUGGUAGGUACUUACAAAAUAGACAGCAAUUUCCCAUGGUCUAUUUAAUCCUUAAACCUUAAUAUGCAGAUACAAAUUCUCCACACUAGUCUCCGUACAUUACUUUAAAGAAUUAGCUGAUAGUAAUAAUUUGAUAACAGAGCACAGUAUUUCUCCUUUGGGCGUCAUUUAUUUUCACAACCUUUUCUCUUGAUGAUAUAUUGAUAGUGGUAAAAGAAAGUAGAUGUUUGUCACUCUUUGGACUUAACUGAACGGUUAACAAAUAUAUUCGUUCCUCGUUGACAAAAUUGUGACAAAACUCAUAAACAGGAGGAAAUCUUCACAGCAGUUGCCAUCGUAUGUCAUCGCUACGAGAGACUCGCAGUUUGUGGAAAAUGUUUUUCGUGAAUUUUUUGCUUUGAGCAAGUGAGGACGUUGAAUAACUUUUCGGAGAAACUCUAUACAAGUAAGAUAAAGAGGAAACUAACGAAGCAGACAUGAAAAGUAACGCUUGUAGCUUAAAAAAUGCCUAAACUGAUCUAAACUGAAAUCCUCGAACAGCUAGUCAAGCGGUAAGAGGCAAGUUAAUGUAGUUUUUUCUUCUCACUGUGAGAAACAAAUAGAUUUCAUGUUGCUGUGGGUCUGUUCAGUAAUAGAUCACGGAAAACGUCAAAAUGUGGUAAAAACAUCAGACUGAGUGACACACUCACCUGAAGCUCGUGUGCCACUUCGUUGUUUUAUCACGUUUUACGUCAUCUGUGAUCGAUUACGGCGACGGUGACGGCAACGUCAAAAAGCAAUCGGUUUAGUUAGCAAGACAACAACUCUGCACGUGCAUCACGCUUGUUUGUACAUUUCUUUGCUAUCCUUGUGCGACUACGACGUGAAAUGACUAAGUUUUAAGUUUGUUCGAAGACGGGAAAGGCAAUGCGAUAAAUUCUAACAUCUCUGUCUGAACUCGGGUGCGGCCCCCUCUCUUCAGCUCCAGCUUCAGCUUCUUUCAAGUAAUUGGGCGAAUUGGGAUAAUCGCGAAAUGGUUUGAAAGGGUGCGGAGGCUAUUUUUCAGUGAGCUUUUCAUGGACGUUGCUGUUGUCGGAUUGUAAGGUCUCCAUGACACGCACAGCAACAUGGAAUAUAUCAGUUAAAUAGAUCACCCCUCGAAAAAUCGUUCUGUUAUUGUAAAAAGUUAUUUGGCAUAUCUAAUGGUUUUUAAACUAUUUUAUAGUCAACAGAAAGCUUUCAAUUAGAGGGCAAUUUCGAAUUUAUGAUUAUUUUACCAUUAUUUCAGGCUUAGCUGGUACAAUUAUCUGCAAGCUUCACGUAUUUCUGAACGGCUGCUCGCUUAAUGCAGCCCUUCUCACCCUUGCUGUGAUCGCAGCAGAUAGAUUCAUCGCCAUAUUUUUUCCUCUGAGAAGGGCAAUCAACUCUCGGAAAGCAAUUUGGUUAAUCGCUGCAACAUGGUUUGUCCCAGCUCUUCCAGGUACCAUCUUACUCUAUGUGAAUAGAAUCUAUGAGUUCCGCGGCAGUUGGUACUGUCUUGAAUUCUGGGAGCCAGAUAUUCCAAUAAUCUACAAUACCGUAUACUCCGCUGCAGAUGUCAUAUUGUUUUACGCCCUUCCUUUGUUAGAAAUAAUCGUCUUUUACAGCGCUAUAAUCUACAAGAUAUGGAUGCGCAAAAUCCCGGGGCAAACGACGACAGCCAAUCAACAGCUCGAAAUGAAAGCAAAAAAGAACGUGUUUAAGAUGCUCAUCGUAGCAGUUCUAACAUUCGCAUUGCUGUGGCUUCCUUCCAGAUUGUUCAUGCUGAUUUCUACGUUCGACAGUCUGCCUUGCUUCCGAACUCCAACUCUUCGCUUUAUGGGGAACUUCCUCGCCUACAUGAACUGCGCCAUAAACCCGUUUAUUUAUAUCAUAUUCAGUCAAGAUUAUCGAAAGGCUUGCAAAGCAUUAUUUGACUGCGAGCCGUGUCGGAAGGUGGAUCUUUCCCGUCUACACAGCCAAUCCAUGGACAUCACCGAGAUAACCAACAGUGGUCGCCAAAGUGGCCUGGCCAUGGGGAGUUUCAAGAGAAUAGAUAACACAUAA